GUUGGGAGUUCUGGGGUGCAGACUAGGAGAGCCUUUUGGAGGCACGCCUCUCCCCUGACCAGCUGGGGGGCGAGGACCGGCUGUAGCUAACCGAAGUCUCCGCUUCCAUCACCAACGGAGAGAGGGGGCAAGGACUAGUGGGAAGGGGACGUGGGUCUAUUGGCUGUAGGAGCUGGGAAUUGCUUAGUCCCAGCGCUACAGGGGGUGGGGCACCCUGUCCCAGAGCAGGCCGAGAAAAUGGGGGCCGGGAAAGGGGGACUGCGGUACCCCUCAACUCAGUCCCCUUCCCCCUCCCGCGGCUGCGCGCUGAGGCUGCCGCGCUGCUCAGCAUGACAUCAUCCUGCUCUGGGGGCCUUCCGGGAGGGGGGCGAGCCGGGUAGGGUAGGAGCGGCCGGCAGGCUGGGGAGGUGAGUGGGGGGAGAGGAGGGAGCCAAGGGGAGCGGAGCCCUGGAGGCGCACUAGGGCUCAGGCGGCCCGGCCAUGAGCAGCCGGGCAGGCCCGGGCCCCGGCCCCGGCGCCCCAUCUUCUCCCCCGCCCGCCUCCCCGGCCACCCCGAGGCCCGGGUCCGAGGCCGGGACUGACGAGCCCGACGCUCCCACCACUUUCUGUAAGCUACUGCCCAGGAUGUCCCCGUGGAAGUUCGCGGGCCCCGCCGCUUUUCUCAGCCGCAGCCCGUCCAGCGCGGGCAAGGAGCUGGCCCCAGCGCCGGCCACCAAGGGCGGCGGCCUGGAGGAGGCGGCCGCGCCGGGGGCCGGGGCUGGGCCCGGCCUGGCCGCGGUGCUGGGCGCCUGCGAACCAGUUUGCGCCAGCCCUUGCUCCUUACAACUGGUGAGCCGCUGCCGAGGAGCGGCCGGGGUCCGCCAGGCCGGUGCUGCGGCCGGGGCGCGGGGGGUCGGGUCCGGGGCGCGACCACCGCAGGCCGGCGACGAGUGGAGUCGCAAGGGCAGUUUUAUCCACAAGCCCCCGCAGGGCUGGCUGCACCCGGACGACAGGGUCCUGGGGCCUGGGGUCUCCUACAUCGUGCGGUACAUGGGCUGCAUAGAAGUACUACGCUCCAUGAGGUCCCUGGAUUUUAACACCCGAACCCAGGUUACCCGGGAGGCGAUCAAUAGGCUUUAUGAAGCAGUGCCUGGUGUCCGAGGUGCCUGGAAGAAAAAGGCCCCCAACAAAGCCCUGUUCUCCAUCCUUGGGAAGAGCAACCUCCGUUUUGCUGGUAUGAGCAUUACAAUCAACAUCUCCAUUGAUGGACUCAACCUUAUGGUGCCUACCACUCGCCAGAUCAUCGCUAACCAUCACAUGCAGUCCAUCUCCUUCGCCUCCGGUGGCGACACGGACAUGACGGAUUAUGUGGCUUAUGUGGCAAAGGAUCCCAUUAACCAGAGAGCCUGUCACAUUCUGGAAUGCUGUGAAGGAUUGGCUCAGAGUGUCAUCAGCACCGUAGGCCAGGCCUUUGAGCUCCGUUUCAAACAGUAUCUCUACAGUCCCCCAAAAGUGGCCAUUCCCCCCGAAAGGAUGAUGGGGAAUGAGGAAUCAGCCUGGGGUGAGGAAGAGGAUGCCACGGAGCAUGACUAUUAUAACAGCAUCCCUGGGAAGGAGCCGCCCCUGGGUGGUCUGGUGGACUCCCGGCUCUGGGUACCCAGCUAUGUCCACACCCAGCCACCUAGCUCUGGGGCCUUCAGCCAGCUUGGAUCACCUGCCCGGAGAGAGCAACGAGGUCAGGCUGGCCUGCACUGGGACCUGGGCCUCCCUGGCCAGCCCUGUGAUGACGGCUACCUGCAGGCAGACAGCCGGCCCCUAGGCUCCCGGGACUACGAGGAACACAUGUAUGUGAACACGCAGAACUUGGAGAGCUGGGAGACAGAGCCUGCUGCCCCAGAGGAGAGCCCCAAGAAGGACCUUUUUGAUAUGAGGCCCUUUGAAGAUGCUCUGAAGUUGCACGAGUGCACGGUGUCCAGCAGCGGCCCCGUCCCCAUCGAGGACCAGUGGCCCAGCCCACCCACUCGCCGGGCUCCCAUUGCCCCAACAGAGGAGCAGCUACGCCGAGAGCCCUGGUACCAUGGCAAGAUGAGCCGGCGGGCAGCAGAGAAGCUGCUCAGGGCAGAUGGGGACUUCCUGGUACGGGACAGUGUCACAAACCCUGGACAGUAUGUUCUCACAGGCAUGCACGGUGGACAGCCCAAACACCUGCUCCUGGUGGACCCUGAGGGCGUGGUAAGGACCAAGGAUGUGCUGUUUGAGAGCAUCAGCCACCUUAUUGAUUACCAUCUGCAGAAUGGGCAGCCCAUCCUGGCCGCUGAGAGUGAACUGCACCUGCGUGAUGUGGUGAAGCGAGAAUCCUGACCCGGCCUGGGGGUGUGUCCCAGGGAGAGGGUGCUGUCUGCUUUCCAGGGUCUCUGGCACCGGGCUGUCUAAAGAGGGAUAAAGAGGCCAGACUCCAAGUGUCCUUUCCCCUCGCCCAUUCCUCACAUCAUAGAAUGUAGAACAUAAAAUAGUAGAGAUGGGAGGGCUCUUCAAACACAGAAUGUCUGAGCUGGGAGGGCCUUUAGAACACAGAACAUUAGAGCAGGGAGGGCCCUUAGAACACACACUCUCCGAGCCCUAAUGCUAACCUAUGUAGGGGGGCAGAAGCCACGUGAUCCUACCCUCCCUGGCCCUCACUUUGUUUGUACAAUGAAGGGGCUGGACUGAGAGGUCCCUGAGGCUCCUCCCAGCUCUGACAGCAUGUGUUCUAGGAUCUGUUCUAGUGUAGACGUUCUGUGCCCUAGGAUCCCUUCUUGUCCUGAAGCGCUAUGGGUCCUCUGCUGUCCACAUCCCCAGUUCCCAGAUGGUUCCCUCUCCAUCUGCUGCCUGUCCUCACCCUUAUAGGCCCCAGCUUUGGGCUGACCUCUUGCUCUUCUUGGAUGUCUAUGUCUCUGCCCAGCACUGAGCCUGGAGUUGCUGCCAACACUGCUCACCUUCUGAGUGAAGGACUGGCUGCUUCUUCUCCCCAGGGCCGAGGGGGAUGGGCCAAUCUGGGUCUCUGGGAGCCCCAGCCCCCCUUCCCUGCCUUCAUUCACCUGGCGUGAAUGUGUUCAUACCAAAGAUGAAACUUUUUCUGACUUUUUUUUUAAACAAACAAAUAAUAAUAACACAAUGAUGGAUGACUUCCAAGCUGGUAACCUCAUUGUCAAAUGGGUUGGGGCUCCAUAGGGAUGUAGAAAUGAUGCUGCCCACUUCUUGACUGGAGCCUGCUGUAAAAUGCAGGUGCAAAGUUCCUGGGUGGGGGGUAGGGAGAUCAGGUUAAGGUGCUUGGAGAUCCUCAAUCUGGGUCGGGGUGGGGUCAGAGCAAGAGCAGAGCAAGAUGAGGAUUGACAGAGAAGAACGAUAGGACCCUAGAUCUCCACCAAACCAAUCCCUUCUCUUCCCCCCUUCCCUCCCCCACCACUCAAGAACACUGAUGUAGGAGCUUUGACAAUCUCUUCGGCUUAUUAGGGGAAAGGAAGCCAUAGAAUAUCAUAGAACCUAGAGCUGGAAUGGCCGCUAGUUAGGAGCUGACCUGAAGGCCCCAUGAUGCAUGGAAAGGAAACUUGGCACUGGGGAGGUGGGGCUCAGGGCCUUCUGUUCCUCCAUCUUCAUCACUCCCAAUCUUCU